AUGUCGGCACAUAGCCUCUUUUCUGUGUGUCGCUCACGAACCGCCGCCGUAUCCCCGCAAAUCAUCUUUAUACAUCUUCACAGUCGUACCGUCGCAACCGCAUCACAGACUCUUCACUCUCCUGUUCGAACCAUCCCAGCAUAUCUCCUCUCAUCACAGAGCCAAUGGCGACAACAGAGGCCCUUCAUGGCCUUCAUACGGCGGCCGCGUACGCCUUUGGCCGCCUUUAGCACUUCCGCCGUAGCUAACGCGACAGUCGUAACGCUGAAUCCACAAGUGAAUGAAGAUGGAGAGCCGCUUCUUGUUUCUAUAUCUCCCCGAGCCGCGAAGCGUCUACGAGAAAUUACCAAUCCUGCUGCGUCUCCGUCCGCUACUCAAAAGGAAAACCCAUACCACCACCUACGCAUUACAGUGACUAGUGGAGGCUGUCAUGGCUUCCAGUACUUGAUGAGCCUAGAGCCUAGCUCGAAAAUCAGUGAGGAUGAAGACACCAUCUUCGAGGUACAAGAGGACACUCCAGAUGCUGCCCCUGGAGGGCAAGCAAAAGUCGUCAUGGACUCGGCCUCACUUGAGCUAUUAUCAGGCAGUACGGUCGACUACACCACAGAGCUUAUCGGCAGCCAGUUUAAGAUCGUCGAUAACCCGCGUGCCUCAAGCAAUUGCGGGUGUGGAACAAGUUUUGAUAUAAAGGAAUAG